CCAUCAAAUACGCACAGAUAACUGCGGAUCGGACUACCAUGGACUGUUCCAAGCUUCCUUCGACGAACUUUACGCUAUACAUCGAGAGACUUCGAAAUCUCACCGCCGGGAACUUCAGUGAGGGCUGAACAGUGCAAGGCUGAGGUCUGCAACGCGUUAUGGGGAUCAGGAAAUCCAGAUGUCUCAGGGCCUGGAAUGGCGAUCGGCUACGUGUUUGAGGUCGUCCUUACUUUCGCAAUCAUCGUCCCCUGGCUGUGCAUCGACCUGAGCGCGACAUCAAGGAAGCAACGGCAUUGGGUCUCACUCUCGAGAGCCGCGAAUAACUUCUGCGACACCUCCCUGUUUUUUACCUGGUCCGUCCAACUGGCGAGCGUCGUAGUCACUCUCAACGCGGGCCUCAGUCGCGAUAUUGGGGAAAGGGGCGAAUUUUCCCUUCGUCUUGUCUGGGCCAUCUCCAGCCUGACACUUCUUCUGCCGGCACUCCUUCUCGGUAUAGGGAACAGACUGUUGCUAGAGAGACGUCUCCGGGCCGCCGACCUAUCUACCGUGGCCACCGAAACAAGUGAACACACUAGUAUUGGAUGCGACAGUGUGAGCGAUAAUAAAUUCAUGUCCAUCAGGACCAUACAUCGGCGAGACAGACUUCGCAUUAUGCUUGCUUAUUUUUGCUUAAUCCCGUCCGCGAUAUCUUGUCUUCCUCUAACGAUUUUGGGCGGUGCGGAAAUUGGAAAUGAGCUUCAGGCAGCCAUCUCCCGCGCAGAUUGGCAAAAGAUCUCGACUGUUUGCUUCCAAGGCCUUCAUCCUCUCACCAACCGCCAGAACGUUUUCAUGACAGCGGUUACAGCCGGAACCUGGCUCUUCGUCCUCACUAUCGCCUGCACAAUGAUAACCUACCUGAUUCUUCUCGCAUCGACCCGAGAAGACGUCGCCGAAUCUGUUCGUGCAAUGGAACGGGCUCUCUUGAAUCCAUACUGGCGAAUCAUCGUUUGCGCCAUCGCUGCGUUCUUCUCGGCGAGUUUACUAUGGACUUUCUUCCGAUUACGAAGCCUACAAAAGGCAAUGACAAUCGCAGUAGGAGCAGACUAUCUGGAUAGCUACUGGUCUUUUGGUCAGAUCGUAGGAGCGAUAGUGUUUAUACCCGCGGCGCUGGAGGUUCUCUGCUUGGUGAAUUGGGUAGAUUGCUUCGUUACUUUCGGCGGAGUGCUGUUAUGGAUAUCUUUUUCAUGCCAGCGGAUAUGGGAGGGCUAUCGGACCCGCAGGAGUAACAUAUCAACGAACAGAACAUAA